UGAUGGGAGUUGUAGUCAGCAUCAUCUGGGAAUCCCUGUGAGAGGGGACACUGCGUUGCCCCAGCCCUCGCUGUACGUUAGGAUUCACACCUUUAUUUAUUGUAUUAAUAUACUGCCCCAUAUAAAACCUCUGAGCCAUUUACAGUUAAAACACAGCCAUAAUUAAAGCCUUAAAUCAUAUAAAACAAAUUAAAAUAGCCACCAACAAAACUUUCAAAUAUUAUAAACUAAAAGCCUGUUCAAAUAGGUGUGUUUUCAAGAGUCGCUUAAAGACAGUCAGCGAUGGGGAGGUUCUGGUUUCGCGUGGGAGUGUGUUCCAGAAGCCUGGGGCCACCCUAGAGAAGACAGAAAAUGAAAAGGGGAGGCACCAAACACAGAUAGAGAUCUAGAACACAAAACAAAGUACCUAAAGAACAGAGGAGUCUAUUUCAGCAUCAACGGUAACAGAAAGCCCAGAUCUGCCGCUUCCACUUGCUCCUGCUCCAGCGCAAGAAGAACCCAUGGCUGCUCUCGGCGCCCCGUUGCAGACAGCAGUCUGGCUCCCAGCUGCCCAGCUCUCGUGGACCGAGGGGGCUGCUGAAGAAGCUUCUCCUGGGAGUGGCCUUGGGGCUCCCGCUGGCCACUGGGGCCCACUACGCCAUGGCGGAGAAGGCAGAACGCCGGAGGAUGAGGCUGCUGGUGGAGGGCGUGGGCCGCUUCAUCAGGUCCCUGCGGGUGGGGAUCCAGAUCUCCCUGGACUACUGGUGGACGGACCACAUCCUGCUGAGGGGCCUGGAUGAGCCCGGAGUCCAAGGCGGCCGUCUCAGCCUGUCACCUGCGGUCAGCCCAGCACAUCGUGCGGGGCGCCAUCCAGAACGGGGGCCUCUACGUCAAGCUGGGCCAAGGCCUGUGUGCCCUCAACCACCUCCUCCCUCCCGAAUACAUCACCACCCUGCGGGUGCUGGAGGACAAGGCGCUCAAGCGCGGCUACCGGGAGGUCUGUUCUUGCUGCAGAUUGAUGAGCUCUUCCUAGAGGACUUCAACACCAAAGCUGACGAGCUCUUCCUGGAGUUCGACUACCAGCCAAUUGCUGCAGCCAGUCUGGCCCAGGUCCACCGGGCCCGUCUCCAUGAUGGCACCCCCGUGGCUGUGAAGGUCCAGUAUAUCGACUUGAGGGACCGGUUUGAUGGGGACAUCCGCACCCUGGAGCUCCUGCUGCAGAUUGUAGAGCUGAUACACCCCAGUUUUGGAUUCGGUUGGGUGUUGAAGGAUCUGAAGGGGACCCUGGCCCAGGAGCUUGACUUUGAGAACGAGGCUCGCAAUGCCGAGCGCUGCGCCCAGGACCUGGGGCACUUCAGCUUCGUCGUGGUGCCUCACGUGUACUGGGACAAGAGCAGUAAGCGCGUCCUGACAGCUGAUUUCUAUGAAGCCUGCAAGAUCAACGACGUGGAGGGGAUCCACCGGCAAGGCCUGCAGCCCAAGGAUGCCGCGGAAAAGUUAAUCCGGAUGUUUGCAGAGCAGCUCUUCUACACGGGCUUCAUCCACGCCGACCCCCACCCAGGGAACGUGUUGGUGCGGAGGGGUCCCGAUGGGAAGGCCCAGCUCAUUCUCCUGGAUCACGGCCUGUACGAGUUCCUCCAAGAUAAGGACCGGGAAGCGCUCUGCAAGCUGUGGCGAGCCAUCAUCCUGCGGGACGACGCCACCAUGCAGGCGUGCUCCAAGCAGCUGGGGGUGAGAGCUCAGGACUACUUCCUCUUCUGUGAGAUCUUGCUGCAGCGGCCCAUCAGCAUGACCCAGCUGGCGCUGUCCAACGUGCUGACCCGGGAGGAGGCCGCCUACAUGCAGGACAUGGCCAAGAACCACUUUGACCGCAUCAUGCAGGUGCUGAAGGACCUGCCGCGCUCCAUGCUCCUCGUCUUCCGCAACAUCAACACCGUCCGGGGCAUCAACGUGGCCCUGGGGGCCCCCGUGGACCGCUACUACAUCAUGGCCAAGAGGUGGGCAGCAGGCUGUGCAAGGAGUGCUGUGAAAUGCUGGAGCCGUACUGUGAGUCAGAAGUGCAGCGGGAUCACCGGCAUGUUCCUCUCCCGCUGGAUCCGUGCCAUCUGGGACAGCCUCCUAUUUGAGGCUAAGCUCAGACUGCAGAUAGCCUCCAUGAGGCUGACUACCUCCCUCCUACGCUUCCUGGUCUAUAUGGGCUUCUUGCAAGAGAGCGAGCAGCAGGAGCAGAUCUACGAGUACCUGCAAGCCUGAAGGCCUGCGGCCUGCUGGGGGAGCAACCUGGCGUCACCGUGUCCGGAUCCUGGCAGGAAGGAGGGCUUGACGGAGGACAGGCUGGCUGUUGGUGCUCCUGAUCUGGGAAAGGACCCUUCUCCUUUUUUGUAUUAAUAAAAUUCUAGCAGCUGCAGAA